AUCUCUGAUGGUUUAGGGUUUUAUUUAUCUUGGAAUUUAUGAUAAGUUCGUUUUCGGUUGAAACAACCGUUGGUGAUUUCUCAUAAAUGAGUUCAAUAUGUUACAAAUUAUAUAUAAGUAAUUUUUUAUUUAUGGGUUUUGUUUCUGAGCUUGAUAUCGGUUCUAAAUGCUGUGAAGCCGGGUUUAUCUUGGAUUUUCAGCCAGCGGGUCUCUGUGCUCCGUUGUGGUUCUGUACUGGUUUGCAUUAUUGCUGUAUAAGGAUGGUUUAGUGGAACAUGCGAUGCAUUUUGAAUUUUAUAUUUUCCCGUUCUCGAAUUCUGCAAAAGAUGCUGCCUUCAUAAAAAUCAGAAAGAAAGUUGAAUCCUUGAGUUCUUAAGUGUUGCGGGGAUCCUUUUGCAAGCCAUUCAGCAUACUAGAAAAGUUUUAUAUUUGUUCAUAAAGAUAAUUGGGAGGAAAUCGAAAAGGUUGGAAGACUCAUUAUUAGGGAUCUAUGCUUUCUUGCCUUCUAAGCUGGCCGCCUGAUUUUGAUGGAUGUUACCUCUCUGGAAACUAAUAGCAACGCUCAAACUGACCAAUACCCUUUGCUAAUGGAGCGGGUAGAAAGUCAUGACACCCAGCAACACAUAGUUGACAUAAAUAGGAAUGAUGAUGCCUCAUCAAGCUCUUCUCAUGAUGGACAGCCACCUAGAGUGGAUUCAACACAGCAUGAAGAUAAUAGGCUAUCCAGUAGCACGCAAGUUCCCACUUAUCAAACUUCUUUAUCUUCAUCCGAUAGAUUAAACUCUAGGACUUCCUCGUUCAGGAGAAGAGGUGAUGGCUAUCGUCAUCGCCGCAGGAGCCCAUUGAAUUCUGGGCUAUGGAUCUCUGUUGAGCUGGUUGUCACCAUGAGUCAAGUUAUCGCAUCUAUUGUUGUUUUGUCAUUGUCAAGAAAUGAAAAGCCACAAACCCCAUUGUUUGCAUGGGUUGUGGGUUAUGCCUCCGGUUGUGUUGCAACACUUCCUAUUCUCUAUUGGCGAUAUCGUCACCGCAACCAGGGUACUGAGCAAGAUUCUCCUCAACCACAUCAAGGCUCUUCUCAGAGCAAUACUGCCGAACCUGCUUCUUAUACUGCUAUCUCUGUCACUCAAUCUUUAAACGAGGAAAAUCUUCGAACCUCGGAGUAUUUAUCAAGGAAUGACCAAAUUGGAACCUUAACUACACGAAUUAAUGGAUUAGUGGACCAUUUCAAGAUGGCAUUAGAUUGCUUCUUUGCAGUCUGGUUUGUUGUGGGCAAUGUCUGGAUAUUUGGAGGUCACUCUUCACCUUCUGAUGCACCCAAGUUGUAUAGAUUAUGUAUAGUGUUUCUUACGUUCAGCUGUAUUGGAUAUGCCAUGCCUUUUAUACUAUGUGCAACAAUAUGUUGCUGCUUGCCUUGCAUAAUUUCUGUUUUGGGCAUUCGUGAGGACCAUUCUCAGACUAGAGGAGCAACCCCAGAAUCUAUAAAUGCUCUGCCCACCUACAAGUUCAAGUUGAAGAAAAAUGGCAAUGUUGAGAAUCAGGAAAUGAAUGCAGGAGAGAGUGAAGGUGGGGUCUUGGCUGCAGGAACAGACAAGGAACGGGACAUAUCAGGAGAAGAUGCAGUUUGCUGUAUUUGCUUGGCAAAAUAUGUGGAUGAUGAUGAGCUCAGGGAGUUGCCCUGCUUCCAUGUCUUUCAUGUUGAGUGUGUUGACAAAUGGUUAAAGAUCAAUGCAUUAUGUCCCCUUUGUAAAAGUGAUGUUGGCGAGCGCAUUGUCACCUCAUCUUUAGCCAGAGACUCCAGCCUGCACUAGAGUGAAGAGAAUGGGAAAGGGUUCGGCCAUAGGUGACCUAUAUGGAGCCUGUGUUCCGUUACUUUACACUGGCGCAAAGUCGCAAUCCCCGGUUGUUGAAAACUUGAAAGGUCACAUCACAUGCAAAAGCCCAUAUCAAAUUACAUUUUUUGUUUUGCAGAGUAAUGCACUUGUGAUUUAUAGCCAGCUGAGACCUUUGUCCGAGCAAAUGGGUUUGGCCCUAGCAUCUGAUAAACGUUUAAGCUAUUCUAGUUUGUAAGCCGUGGUGUCUGUCUAUAAAUAAUAUCCAGUAGUUCAAAGGGUUAUCCUAUCAUCUUUUGUGUCUUUCCAUCAUUUUGAAACCUAGUUCAAAGGGUACCGUAUAUCUUGUACACCUUGGUUGAAGAAGUGCUCCAUAUGUAUACUUCACUUGCGUAUGUAUAUAUAUUAUGAUUACUAAAUCAUUACAAUC